UGUCGUACUAUCUUUUGUACUACUUUCAAUAAUAUAAAUUAAUCACAAAUCCUAAAAUAUAAUAAAGCAUCUUUUAUCUUCUAUUCAUAAUUAACUUAUAACUAAGAACGAUCACGACAAUUGGUAGCACCAGCUCUGAAAAAGUUACGCUAUAUUUUUUUUUUAAAAAAAAAAAAUUUAUAAGCAGAAAGUAUUACGUGAAUGUCAUCAGUGGAAAGCAUAGGAAAUAAAUUACAGAAGUAUAUAAUAAAACAAGCAUUGACACUUAUCAAGAAGGAACAACAAGCAGAUUUCAAGGAAUUUUUAAUCAAUCAAGGAUAUACAGUCAACGAGAACACAGAUAGCAACUACAGAAUUUUAACUUCAGUGGAAUAUUUAACAGUUAAACAACACGCAUCAAAACUAACUAAAGAAUUUAAAAAACUGUAUAUGAAUAAUAAUACUGAACCAUCUACAUCUAAUAUGGAUAGCCACCCCAAUUUAUUGUCCCAUACACAGAAUACAGUCAGUCGAGAUGAAUUGGCCAAUAUUUUAAAUUUCAUUUAUAAUAACAACAACAAACCAGCAAAUAAUAUUCGUAUUCCUACACCACCCACAUACGAUGGCACUCGUUCUGUAUCAGUCAUUGAUAAUUGGUAUGUUUCUGUUGAGCGAUACUUACAAUUCAACAAUUUCGACGAGUCUCGAUGGACUGAAUACGGUGUGACCCUCCUGACUGGGAGAGCACAAUUAUGGUACGCUCGUGCCACCCAACGUAUCAACCACAAUUUAAAUAGUUGGACCGUGUUUAAAUCUGCUAUCGAUGCUGAAUUUAAGCCACAGUUUGCUGCCCAGUCUGCCCGUGAUAGAUUAUUUGAUCUUAAAUAAACCCAUCACAUUCAAGAUUAUAUUCACGAUUUUCAAGAUAUUUUACUUGAAGUCUCCAUUACUGACGAUGAGGCUAUUGACAAAUUCAUUCGUGGAUUAAAAGACCGUGCU